UCAAAUGUAGGGAAUAACUGUUACCCUGGAAGGCACCUGUCUACGCAUGCGUACCAAAUGCUAUGGCUGUAUAUUGUUGAAUGUCCUCUUUCGCUGGUAUUUAUUUACCCUUACAAAGUUCCCGUUUUAGCCCGUUUGAUGGAGUUAAUGUAGCAACUGGCACAAGCUAACAGCUGGCGCCAGCAACCGAUCGGAUAAUGAUCAAGUUCGUGCUAAUGGUGAACCGACAGGGUCAGACCAGGCUGUCCAGGUAUUAUCACUCUGUGGAGCUGAGCAGAAGAGCAGCUCUUGAGGCCGAUGUAGUACGCUACUGCCUGAGCCGCAAGAAAGAUCAGUGUUCCUUUGUGGAGUACAAAGACUUUAAAUUGGUUUACCGCCAGUAUGCUGCUCUGUAUAUCGUGGUGGGCAUCACAGACAGUGAGAAUGAGCUGUCCAUCUACGAGCUGGUUCAUAACUUUGUGGAGGUCUUGGAUAAAUACUUCAGCCGGGUGAGUGAACUGGAUAUAAUGUUCAAUCUGGAUCGAGUUCAUAUUAUCCUGGAUGAGAUUAUCCAGAACGGACACAUUGUGGAAACAAACAAGAGCCGCAUCCUCGCACCCCUCACCACUAUUGACAAGAUGGUGGACAGCUAACAAAAAGAAGAAAGGAAGUCACGGACUGUUCUUCAGGCUGAGGACUGGCCUGCAGCUUACAGUCUGAAUUUAGAAUCUGCUUAAAGGUACUGAUGUUAAAAUAAUAAAAAGAACAACUCAGUGCCCACAUGUACUCUGGUCAGUAUAUUAAUACACAUCUGUACAGUGUAUCCAGAUGUUCGAUCUGCACAGCUGAGAGAAGGAAGCCUCCCUCUGAAGUUGGCCAGUUUGAAUUUAUUCGAGAAGAAAACCGGUUGUGUGAAUUUAGCGGGGAAUGAAUUACAUUUUAUUUUUUUAUUUUUAAUUUGCCUUUCGGGGUAUUGGCAGACCACAGGAAUUGUUUGUAACAAACCAAAACGUAAAGACAUUUGGUGGUAUCAUGUCUAAUAUGUAAUAAAACAAUAAAAAAAAAACAAAAUAAAAAUUC